GCUACUGACAACCCAGCUCUUGAGACAUGUAGGCAAACAGCAAGGAAAGUUUUGUUUCCAAAAAUUGGAAAAAAAAAAUUCAGAUGUUGAGAGUAACUUGUGUAUGGUUCUGAUGUCUUCUGUGCUGUUACUGGGCACUGGUUUUACCCGCAGUAAGGUAUCUUGCACUGAUCACUGUUGUUCAGGUGUGUAGCACUGGGAUUUGGCUGCGUUUAAUGCAGUUUCAUUUCCUGGCACAAGAAUUGCUUAAUCGGUAUGUGAUGGAGAGCAUCAAGAAUUUCUGAUGUGGGGACUAGUGUGGUUUUUUAUUUAUUUGGGAUGGGGGUUUUUUUUGUUUGUUUUUAAUUAGAAUGAGAUUUUCUCAUAAAUAAUGAAAUUAAUGUCUUUUGCAUCCAAAAUAAGCUCCAUAUGGUCAGGGAGAAAGGGACCAGGAAAAGAUGAGGAAGGCAUGGCAGCUGAAGCAGAUGUGGAGACAAAACGGACUGACUGGCAGCAGAGGAGCUAGGUGAGAAUAGACCAAGUCUUAUUAUCCAGGGUGGGAUCACGCUGUCAUUAAAUUCACCAUUCUGCCUUUGGAAUUGGUGGUGAUAUUUUUGAGGAUGAUGGAAAAACUCAUGGUAUAUGCAGCUUGCAGGCAGUUCCACACGAAGUGCUUAGUUCAUUCAGGCACUGGCAUAUUCUUCAAGGAAGUUGGGACGCUGAGAAGAAAAAGUGGCAGGCAUAAUUCUUUGGCUUUCUUAGUUAUGUAGAGCUGGAAUGGAAGAGCCUUGUUCCUGUGUCUGAAGAGAUGGUAAGAGCCUUAGUGUCGAUGCUGAGUGCCCACUGCCAUCUUUCUCUAAUGGACUGGGAAGCCACUAAUGCAGAGUUUUGAAGCCUGUGUUACUGUUCUGCAGGUAACCCUGGGGUGCUUGUGCUGCAGGCUGCACUAACCCAAAUUCAGCCUUUGUGAGAACUGCCCUGUGUCACAGUACAGCAGCAGUGCAGAGGGUCACAGACCAGAUCUCAGCUUUGUUGGCUUCCGGAGAAUGACUUUUACUGUGUUACUGUUAUGUGGGAAACUCACUCUGAAUUUCUUUGGCCUCUGCUGACCCUUAGGAAGAGUCAGUCUUAGAGCACAUAUAUAAGGAACACAAAUGCUCCCUUUUUAUUUUUUGCUGUGCUACCCACAAGCCUUCUGUAUAGCAAGGAUAUGAGCUAUUUACCAUGGCUUCAAGUUCCAUGCCUGCAGUGGCUCAGAUGCAGCUUCACAGCACAAGUAUGGAUGCCAAGGCACUUUCCUGUAUAUUAGCUCCAAAUUAUUUUCUGUUCUAUGAGUGGAUUUAUCCCUAAGAAAAUGUUAUGCGUGGAUAAGAACAAAAUACUUGGCAGGCCUGGCUGGAAGGCAAUCCAGGGGUGUGAGAGCAUCUCCGUAGGCAUGCCCAGCGUUCAUCCCGUGCUGUUGGAAGUUACACUAGCUGCUGUCUUAGCGCUAGAGGGUGCCCUAGGACAGGGAAAAAAUAAAAAAGGCAGGAUCUGUCUUUAAAUUUCUGAAAGGCAUUGCUAUUUUUGCUGUAUUACAUUGCUGGUUUUGACCUCAGGUACUUCCAAGGGCCUUCCACAGUUCUACUAACCCGUAUGUCCUUUUUGUUCAUAGAUAGUCUGAGUCCAAGCGGUGGGAUGAAGAGAGAAUCCUCAUAAUAAGUUUAGAGUAUUCUGUCACUCAUUCAUGCUCAUAGCAAAAACAAACAACCCCCCACCAAUGAUACUAAUAAUACAGUUAGCAAAAAACACCCAGAAAGGUACAUGAUCACUCUGUUAUUAAUAAGACAACUCUAGCAUGAAAACAGUUAGACUCUAUGUUUUCUUUUCAUAUUAAGUCUGUUUGUCUCCUUUUUUUUUCCCCUUAUAAAAAACCUACUGGGAGUUUCUCAUUAUCUUAACAUUCAAUACAUUUUAACAGGAGGAAAAAAAUAUCUUUUGACAGCCUUGUGCUAAGAGGCUCAAACAGUGCUUUUACCUUUAUCAUUGUAAAUCCUGAUGAAUUCCACCUGCUUCACUGCAGUAGCAUGGCGUUUGUGUCAGUGUAACACAAGUUAGUUUAAUUAAAGAAAAUCUUAAUUAAGGGCAAAAACACAUGUGAGAAUGAGGAAAGAAAUACAUAGCUUUUAAUCUCGAAAAAAUCUGGUGUAACAGUCUCUGUUACCUAAAGUAGUCAGGAGCUGAGAUCAGGCACUGUAGUCAUCUUGCAGAAAUGCACAUGAAAUAGGACAGCGAGAUGUAACUGAGGCUGUGAACUGAGUGCAGAAUCAGAAAAACAAUCUUCUACCACGGGGAGAGGGAAAAUCACACUUCUGCCUGCAUUGAGGAGUUAUCUAUGCAACUAAAUGAUUGUAUAUAUAUCUUAGUACAAAAGCAUUCAAUUAUAUAAUCCCAGUGGGAGGAAUACUUCACAAUGUCUAAGCACAUUGUCAUAUUAAAGGAAACUGCCUGUCUAAAACUAAGUCAACAAAUGUGUUAAAAAAUAGUUUUUGCUGCGAGAUCAGUCACUGAUAUCCCCCUUCCACUUUUUUCUCACCCUAUUUUUUCUCUCCCUUCCUUUUCAAAGACCCAGUAAAUUAAAGUAUAAAUGGAAUAUAAAUCAAUAUACAUGGUAGAAGGAUAUGGGAGACAGACUGGAAUGGGAUUAAUUUUAUUUUAGUUAGUAAUAUUAUUCUGGCCUCAGUGGAAAGGUUGAGAGUCAGCAUUUUAGACAUAGUGCUUCCCGUGUGAAUACUUAAUUGUUAUUUUUAAUAAUGUGUAAUUACAGUUAGCUUAAGAACCUGUCUAUGUAUUCACUUUCUUUUCUUUUUACUUGUUGAAGGAUUUUGCCAGAUAUGGAGGGCUUUUCACAAGAAACGAUUUUCAACUGAGUUUUAUUUGCAAAUAGGCAUUGCAUGAGUCAUUAUCUAAUGUUGAGCUGAGCACAUAUUGUUCAAUAAUAAUUAGAAAGGAUGAUAUAUGAACAGCAAAGCUUCAUUUUUCACAAGAGAAUCAGAGAACACUUCUAAUGUAAGUCACACCGGAGAUAUCAUUUCCUUAAGUUACCCACCCAAAUGCUUGAACAGAGUUACUUUCUCUUCUAAAUGUGUGCUUCUAUAUAAAAUGUUAUUCCUUUGGUAGUGUUGCAGUGAUCAUUUUCCCUUAAGAGCUGGAACUAGAUGUAUUCUCAAAGAAUAGUUAAUUUGUUAAUUGAACCAACAUGUAAAAGCACCAUGCUACAGAAAUGUCGAAAAGCAUUAGUUUGAAUAUGAAAAUUUGUUGCUUAGGGAUGUAUAGACUGUACAUUAGAUUUCCAUCAGAUUAGAGUGAGUGAGAAAAAUAUUAAGGCUUAGAAAUUCGUAGUGGAAGUUACUGAGCUUGCAACAUCAAUUUGCAAUGCUCAAGUAGUCAAUGCAAGUUCAAACAAAUAAGAGUGCUGCUAUGACUCCCGCAAUAGACAGCACUGCUGGAAACACUUCGAUACUCAACAAGUAGGUGGGCUUUCCUGGAGCCAGAACAAAGCCUGUGAUGUGUUGUCUCAUAGGAAGUAGUGAUGCUACAAGAUGAUAUUUCACUUUGGCUUUCAUGAACAUAAUAACAGCUCGGAAUUACACAUUGAAAUAUUGCUGCAAAAAUAAGUUGAAGAACUUUUUAUUGGUAACAUGGAUGCCAUUGCCUUUGCAUUGCCUUUUGCUUGAAAGACCACAACCUCUGGUCAUUUAAAUCCCUGGAUGUCUACCCCUGCCUCCCCCAUGGCUUCAGAUAUGUCCCUGUUCAGCUGGGCUGACAGGUGCUUGGCCUGUCUGAGCCUUGCAGCUCUCCCUCUGCAGGACAUGGGCCGACUCGGGCUGAGCUCCAUGGACAUGUGUAUUGGCAGCUGUUAAGAGGCAGACACGAGGUCCUUUAACAACUGCACAUAAUUCACAUGACUGCUCUGGAAGAGUUACUGUCUAAAUUAAUGAGUUCACUUUCAGACAACUGAAAAUUGAACUAAAAUGUGAGAUGAAUGGUAUGUUCUUAUGUGCGUUCCUGUAAUACCCUGCAUUUACCCCUUUAAACAGAGAACUUUGUACAGAGACAAUGAGAAUCAAAAAUACGUACAGCACUAUUAAAGCACCCCAUUUGUACAUGUGGUAAUGCAUCAGUAAAAACAACUCAGAUACAAAGACAGCACAGUGCAUCAACUGUCGUGUUAUCUGGAACUCUGAAGACAAAUGGAAAAGUAGCUAUAAAGAAUAUGAAAAUAUUCUUGAAAUAUUUUAUGAAAUAUGAAAUGUUACUUCCAAAGAGUCUGCUGGGGAAAAUGAAGAGAGGAGGAGGAGAAUCUUUCUUCUACAAUGUGUGUGUGAUUCAACAAUGUACUUAAAUAUAAUUAAGGUUGAUUUCAGUGAAGGUAGCAAAGGUCAUCAUCAGCUCCUGUUUGUCCAUCGGCAUACUUUGUAAACUCAAAAGCUUUGCAGAGGUAUUUCUAUAAGUAAAAUUUCCAGAUGCUUUAGAAUGAACAGACUUAGCUCCCUUAGUACUUGAAAACUCAGAAGAUUACAGUUACCUGCUGGAAAAUGCCAAAGCCUAAGCAAAAAUGGAAACAUAUGUGCUGAUUAAAAAAAAAUCAGGCCCAGUGAAAUGUGUGGGAACAUGAGUGUCUGUGAAGGGGACAGAGUGGGGUAGGGUGUGUAAAUAAAAAUGGCAAUGUAACCUGAGGUUUUGAUAACAAAUCAAUCUGAGUAAACAGGAACAAACUGUGAUUUUGAAAUUGUUCUGCAUUAAUGUGGGAGUAGUACUAAAUUUCUCCCUGCAAUUUUCACGGCUACAGCAUAUAGAUUAGCUUUGGAGAGCAAGCAGCAUCAUCAACGUAAAUUCCAAAAGUGAAAUAGUAAAGGGAAGUCCUACUUAGCAAUGCCUGUCUUUGUGUGAUCCCUGGAACAGUGCUUUUAUUGGGAAUAUCCUUCUCUUGGGCAGCUUUCUCCCCCAUUCUCAGUGGUAGGUGCUGUUCCUGCAAGGAAAUCCUGGCGGCUUUCCAAACUGCAUGGGCAGAACUGGUGACGGUUACCCAACAUGACAGUCUAGAAGCUGGCUAAUUCUUAGCAUGCUCUAAAGCUGAGCUUUGUCGAUAUUCACUUUUCAGACCUAUUUCAUAACGCCAUUGAUUCAUUGGUUACGUGAUGAGAGUCAAAAGAACUGAACUGUGCAUCAGAGCUUUUCCACCAGCUGAUGCAUUUUUGGUAAUUUUUCUCAUCCUCUUUCGUCUUCCAUGAGAUGAAAAGUACUGGUCAAAAAAGAAAAAGGAACACCACUACUCAAUUUGAGGCUGCCACGUCUUGUAUAUCGUAAAUAGUUUAUCAUUGUAUCUUCUAACAAAAUUUAGUUGCAGUGGUGUUUUGUUUCGUUUUGUUUUUUUCAUAUUGAGUGAAUAGAAAUUCAACUGUGAAGCACUCCAGCAGUUAAACAAGAGCAAGACAGGAAGCCACCUGAGUUUUGUCACGGUGGGUAACGCAGAACUUCCCCUGAGUAAAAUUUUGGAGAAGACCAGCAAGUGCCCACUCCUGUAAGUUGAGCGUGAUGAGUUUUUUGGGGAGCCCCUGGCUCUGAGCGCUGAGAUGGGAUGCUUCAGUAUAGCAGUCAUAAGUUUUUUUUCCUAACCAAGACUUUCUUCAGUUCCGCCAUGUUCCCUUUCCCCCAUUUGAAAUUUCCUGUGUCUUGUAAACAUUUAACAAUAUGUUACUACCAUCCAUUAUGUUCCUCCUUAUUCUCUUUUAGAUGAAAGAGACCUGUCUGGUUUCUGGAAUUCCUCAGUCCCUAUGACUGAAUUUGAGAGAUAAUGCCAAUGGAAUUAGCACGUUGCCAUUGUUGAAUGGUCUCCUGUGGCUAUAUAAACAUCGAGAUCACCCGAAAAAGCUGGAACGGACCGGGCUCCAGGAAACCAGGGAUCCUCCAGCCUGGGGUUUUGCUGGAGAACAGUCAUCUCCCACACCAGCUUCCUCCAUUAGCAGAACUUCCAUCUGCGCACAGAAAUAGACUGAGGCUUAGAUGCCUUUGGUAUGUUGCUGGAUAAAACCUUGGUAAGAUGACACUUUGUUUUAACUUUGAGGUUUGCAAACAAAUGAGGAGAGCAAGUUAGUCAGAUGACUGUGGUAAUCCCACUGCAGGCUCAUUGUAACCUCACCUAAUGCAAGUGAGCAAUAGCUAAACAUGAAGGUUGCACAGAAAGUGUUUUUUUUUUCCUUCUGCCAUGAAAUUACUGAUAAUGGCUGCUCUGUAGAAGCGAUGGUCAGUCAGUACAUACAGGUAACAUUAAUGAUUUGCUUUAUUACCAGUUUCCUGAUCCCUGCUUCAAAUGGAAUAAGAACCUGUAUUUCUGCAGCUAUAUUUUCAUUUGUCUUCAGGGGUCUCCAGGAAACAUGUCCACACAUGGCUCACAGCACCAGUGCCAAACAGGCACCAGCCUUGAGACAGCUGCAGCUUUGGCCAACAGCAAGGACCAGUUUUAAUGCCAGACGUAAUUUCCCUCCUUGCAACUGCCUGGACCCUCACUCUGCCUCCCUGCUGCUGAUGAACAUUGUACUUUUGAGCAAUACCCGUUACAAGUCAGAAGCUGUUGGGAAAGCUGAUCCCCGUUUCCGCAGCAUUCUUUGCAGAUUCUCCAGAUUCUCUGUGGUUACAAUGCGCUGGGAAGCAGCCUGAUACACUGAUGUACCCUUCAUGUGCCAGCAGAGCAUACGUCCUUCAUGGGCCCAGAACUCAUCUAAUUUUACUGGGAACAAUAUGCUUUAUAAAAAAGUCAUAGGAAUAAGAGAGAAACAGCAUAUAGGAACAAGGUGUUGUGUCACCCUGCCAUACACUGGCACACUGAUGAAAAAAUGCUGAGUACACAUGGUAACUUCACAGCUGUUUCUAGGAUGUGCCAUCAUCCAUCCCUUUUUAUGAAAUAUGGAGACUCCUUCUGAAAGUUACCCAACUGAAGAUGGGCAACGAUGCAUUUGUAAAAAAGCUUCCAGGAAAGUAGGCAUGGCUGUAAGGAUCUACCAGUAAGUAGGUUUUUAACUACAGGUUCCAGUUAUAUCAAAGAUCUGGGCUUCUUCUGCUUCUCACUUCAGUGGAAACCACCCACCCUUUUACUUUCCCAGCAGCAGUUUCAUCAGUGGUGGCAGGAAUACUGUUAGAGACAGUACAUGCAGGCAGUCAAGAGUGUUUUAAGACCACUCUUGAGAAGGAGUCUGGAAGGCAGAUAAUAAUCGUGAUAGAAAUGACUCCAGCAGCAGCUCCCUGUAGAAGCUUAAGAUUGUAACCACAGUAUUAGGGGGUGGCAAAACCAGUAGGACUGUGAUUGAUAAUCAUUUAAUCUGUGCUCAGGAGGAAGGCUCGCUUUUAAGUAUGACUUCCUUUCCUCCUGCACACUCCCCAGCACUCUUUGAAGAACUUAGAUAUUUCUAUGGAAUUUACAUUAUGUUGUUGGUAUCUACAUUUGGUUGACAGGCACAGAUUGGCUUGUGAAUUGCCAGUCAUUGAAAGAAAGUUUUCCUAUCACAAAAGCAAAGACUGUGAUUGUAAGAAUGGAACCAGUUAUGUUGGUUAUAGGUGCAUUAGUGACUGCCAAGCUAGAGGGGAAAAUAAUUCUAAGUCGUUUAUUCCUCAGCAGAUUAAAUCCAGUAUUUUCAGUGUAAUACAGUUCUUAGACACCCUUAUUGUCCUCACUCCACGUGGAACUUGUCUGUAUAAUGUUCAUGUAGCUCAAAGCCAUGGGUCAUUCCUUGGUCUCUCAAGGAGUUGCAAACAAUGUAUUUAAAUCACUCAAGUACCUGAUGUUCUUAACAACUUAAAGGCAUUUGUCCGCUAUAGGAGGGCUAAUUUUUAAUUUUUUUUUUUAAACACAUCUAUCCAAAAUGAUGCUAGGCUUUUAUAUUCACAGCAGGGAGCACUGUGAGGUUUAAAUAUCCCUUUAAUCACUAAGGAUGUAAUAAAAACAAGAAGAGUUCUUUGAGCUGCAGAGUGUUACCCAGGGAAAAAUCUACUCUGGAGCUUACAAAUGUGAGUUGAAGAGACAAACUGGGCAAUAAAAUCCACAACUACGGACCAAACCGGCUCAAAGUUGGUCUGUAGCUGCCCAUCAGGAGCUGAGACUCGAGGGGGAAAGAGGCCAUUCAGCACCUCUAGAGCCAUAAGAGCCAGGUCAUAAACAUUUCACAAUUUGCCGGGUAGGGGGAGGGAGCCGUGGGUCUGUGAUCCUGCCUGAAGUUUGUACCACGGCCCAUGGCUGCAGCAAAGAAUGAGUAUGAGGAAUUUGUUAACACGAGAAGAAUGAGGGAAAAUCUAGGCAAAUAGAGAUUGCAGCAAAGGGGUGAAGUGAGGUGGGAGCUGUGCUUGAUCAUGUACAUUAACAUGCGUUUAUGACAGCCUCGUCUCACUGCAGUUGAGGGAUCCCUGAAAUCUGACAGGUGCUGUUUUACUGUUACUGGUGAUGCUGAAGGAUUAUGACCUGAAUAUUGUUACUGUGGACACCAGCAUCAUUUUGCUACCAAGUGAUGAACAAGUUGGGUGAGAAAAAGUAUGGCUUGGAUUCUCUCCAAGGACUUUCUACUUCAAGUGCCUAGAUAUUUCCAGCUCUUUGUUACUGGCUUCAGACUUUCCUACAGAUUAUAUAUGUCCCAUCAUAAUCCUCUAUAUCAGCUUUCAAAAACUUGCAGGAAGCUUUCGGCCUUUCAGGAUGUACUCUACAGGUUGGUUAGACAUCCAGUGGGCUCAGCUCCCUUCUUCCUGUGAGAUGUAGGCAGAGAGUAAUAUGUAACUGUGGCUAUAUAACUUUUUAUAAUUCUUUCCUAAAGAAAUGAUAAAAAUAUAAAAGGAAACAAAUGCUUACUGCAUUUUACCUUAGUAAAAGGAAACAUGAUGUGUUGUAAAAUGCUUUGACUCCAAAUCUGCUAAAUAUGUCUUAAUUGUUCCGUUCUCUCGUGCUUUCUGGUAAUGUUCAUCGUCUUUCUCAGCAUUCUUCAGAGUCACUGAUGCUGCAGGAGCUGAGCACUGCUCCGCUCUGCAGAGCUCACAGCAGUCUCUCUUUGAAGAUGGUCCCUUUGAUUGGGAGUUACACUGUUUAUUGACUUCAUGUUUUGAUUAGAACCUUGCUGUGAUAAACAGUAUAUGGAAACUUUCUUAGGAAACUGAUGGAACAAAUCUGUGUUGGCAAAACAAAACAGCUUGCAAAAUGCCUUGCAUUAAUCGAGUCUGGCUUUUUAUCUGUUAAUGUAUUGACUCUGUCAACACUUGCACGCCAACAGAAAGAAUCCUUUGCAGAAACCAAAGUGUAUCUGCAACCUCAGAAAUCCGAAAGCCUGGCUUUGGCCUGCUGCUUUUCCUGCAGAAGCAGCUUUUUGUCAGGUUGCCGAAGCUCUGUCAGCUGGGCCUCCGUUCCGCGCAGUCCAUUCUGCUCAGGAAUUUUUUCUCACCUCGAUUCAUGGCUAAAUUGAACUGCCAGCAGUUUGUAAGCUCUGCAUAACGCUUCUCUUCUUUUUCCUGUUUGCACGUGUGUAUCCAUAGAAAAAUACUGAUGCACAGUGUUCGCCCGGAGCUGCUCGCUGCCUGUUUCCGAGGCCUACCCUCCAUGCCUCCUUGCAGGACCUCAGAAUUCGUCCUCUGCAGAUGGCAGUGUCCUUCAUAAAGAGCUGCCAAGAUGCCCUGAUGCUGUGGCCUACAUACACCAGCCCCAGCCAUUGCUGCAGAUCCUUCCUCUCUUUGUCCCUUUGGACAUCAAAGGAUUGCAAGGGGACAGCCCUGGCGAGAAGCUCCUCCCUGCUCAUUAGCCUCCAUAAAACAGGAACUCACCUUGGCUAGCUGUGCUUGGAGUCCCAUCCGCAUCUCAGUCACUCUUGACACUGGAUCUCAGAUGGAAAGGCUUUUGCUUGCUUCAGGACAUCAAACCUGCUUCUGAACAGUUGGACUAUUUUGGCUCCCUGAUUGACAACUCUGGUGGCUCACUCGGCUGUGUGACUUCCUGGACUCCACAUUACAUGGAAAAAUGCAAGUUUUACCAGACAUUAAAGCGCCAUGUGACGCACUUGCUUCCCCCAGCCUGGAGCCCUACCCGCAGAGCUCCAUCACGGUCACCCUGGAGGACAUGGGUCUCUGGAUGAAGUUUCAUCAGAUAGGGACGGAGAUGAUCAUCACCAAAUCCGGCAGACGAAUGUUUCCACAAUGCAAAAUCAAAGUCUCUGGCUUAAUCCCGUAUGCCAAGUACCUCAUGCUGGUGGAUUUUGUGCCCGUGGACAACUUCAGGUACAAGUGGAAUAAAGAUCAGUGGGAAGUUGCUGGAAAAGCAGAGCCCCAGCUCCCUUGUCGCACCUACGUCCACCCAGAUUCCCCAGCUCCUGGCAGCCACUGGAUGAAGGAACCUGUCUCUUUCCAAAAACUGAAGCUCACCAACAACACUCUGGAUCAACAUGGGCAUAUCAUCCUCCACUCCAUGCACCGUUACAAGCCUCGCUUCCACAUUGUGCAGGCAGAUGACCUCUUCAGUGUUCGCUGGAGCAUCUUCCAAGUCUUCAGCUUCCCAGAGACUGUCUUCACUUCUGUUACUGCCUACCAGAACGAGCAGAUCACAAAGCUGAAGAUUGACAACAACCCAUUUGCUAAAGGUUUCCGGGAGCAUGGGAAGAACACUCGGAGGGAAGGACGAGCCAAAUCCCAGAAGCCAAGUCCUGCCAAGGGCCAGAAGAGAAAGCUACCUGAGGAAAAGGAGUCUGGUACUGAGGAACGUGAUUUUGAGAAAGACGAGAAUGUGGAUGUGAAGGAAGAGAGCAACCCCAUCGUGGUCAGCAGUGGAUACCCCUUCUGGAUCUCAGAGCAGAAUGGCAGCCAUGCCUUUCCUGCUGCAUCGCCGGUGCCAGCUGAACAGAGGGAGGGUCCAGCCAGAGAGCAGCAAGUGCCUACACCAUCCUACCAGACAUACCGGUUCCACGAAGCCGGGGACAGCCAGCAGCUCCCCAGCCGCGAUGUCGCUGCCUUGAACGACUUCCGUGCGAGGUGCCACCCCUUGGAUCUCGCCACAGUGCCCGAGCACGACUCCAAGCAGCUCCCAGAGGGCUUCACCAACCUGCCUCCACUGCCCCCACCUCUGCCCCCUCCCCAGGACUACACCGGAGUGGUGAACAUGGCUCUGGACUCGGUGGGGAAACCUGGAGCUCGAGCGCCCAUGUACAGUCCUUAUGGCAGCGAGCAAGGCCUCGGGCAGUGGAUGGUGCCACCCCACAGCCAGUACAGGGCGAUGAGCUACUCCGCCUUCUCCACAGAUUACAACACACAAGGGGCUUCGGGACAUGCCCACGGGACCAUGGCAGAGUGGAGCCAGUACCCACUGUUCCCCUAUGCCUGCUGGAGCAUGUGACAGUAAAACAUGCGGUGGUGCAUGCAGCUGCGGAUCAUGCAGGCAGGGAAGAGCUUGUCUUCUGCACGAGAACCAGCAGCAAGGCUCUGUGUUGUGUCUGUGUCCCUCAUGCCCGCCCCUGUCCCGUCUCCCCUAGAUGCGAGGUUAGUGAAACACUUUUCUUUCUGCUGGUGGUGGAGGGAGGUUGUUCACAGAAUUCGGGGCUGCUCCAGGGGUCUCCAAAGGCCUGUGCUCCCCAGGAACAGCGGUGCUGGCUUUGACACUCCAGCCUCUUUCUUUUGAGGGAAAAGAAAUCUUUCACUGUGAACAACUUCUUCCACCCCCAGCCACCCGCGAAGAAUAUAAUUUAUAGCUGUUGUUGCUGUGCUAUGCCAUGAGAAAGCUUUGCCUACAGAUGCUUCUGACCGGUCUGGCGUCGUCCUUUAAAAUAAUGAACACUGCAGGCACCGAGCCGAGUGCUGCGCUGCUCCCUGCUGCAGUGCUCGGUGCCUCCUGGCUGGUCGGUGCCAUCUUCCCGCGGGCUCAGGGAUCUGCUUCAAUGUCCCUGCCCUCCUCAGAGCAGUCUCAGCUUUGUUACCGCUGUGGUCCCCUCUCCUGGAGGAGCUGUGCUGUGGCGAGCAGCCCGUGCCCUGCGUGGCAGAGAGGGUUUGGUUGUGCCCUCGUGUUAGAAGGGCCAGGUGUCCCUGUUUGCCCAAGCCGCCGUGGCUGUGGGGUUGUUUUUGAGACAGGCCCUUUGCUUCUCAGGGAGGACAGGAGUGUUCCUCACCGCUUCCCAGAGAACUUUUCCUUGGGACACUUCAAAUAAACUGCUCUGUGGUCCGUAGCCAUCAGCGGGCAGCGAGGUGUGCGUGCCAGAUGGCAUCCUCUGCGUGCACUGUGCAGCAGUGCGUGUGAGCGGAGCAGGCCGGGCGUUGCGAGGUACCAGCCCUGCGCGGCGUACACGUGUGGAACUGUGCUUAUCAUUGCUGAAAUGACUUUGAAAAGCAGCCCGACACGUUUGUGAAACUCAGCGACGGCGACUGCUUCCUUAUAUAUAAACAGCACGUUGCUCACGGGUUCGUACCGCAGUGGUGAUACCUCCAGAGCAGCCCGGCGCUUCCCCUCGGCUUCCUGGGGCGGGUGCGAGCUGUGCAGCGUGCAAGCAGCGGUCAGCCCUCAGCGCAGCGCGUGUGCACAAUGCCCGGCCUCCCCGCUAGCACCCCCGGCAGCGCUGCUUUAAACUGCAGCACAUGACUGCGUGUGGAUGGGAGUGAGCCACGGAAAGCUGAUCCGCUUGGGGAAGCAGCGUGCAGGAGUUGGUUCCGAGCCCCCAGUACCGUGAUUCCCUGCUGCCCACGCUGCUGCGUGACGGAGGCUGCCCUCUUCGGGUGGGAAGCACUCGUGUCUCCACGCCAACCACCCCCGGCUGGUCGCUCAGCUCCGUUUCUUCAUCUUUGGAGCUGGGUCAUAUUUCCCUCUGUCAUAGGCCGGUGGUGAGCGUGGCCAACUGAAGAGCAGCACGGGGGAACCCCGGUGCCAGCAGGAGGGCGAGGUGCUGCUUCAGACCGUCAGCGCGGCUUUGGGAGCGCUGCAGUUGGUGGAGCUGGUUGGCAGGAGGCUGGCGAGCCUCAGCCUUGUGCACAGGAUUGCCGUUAAUUACUCACUGCCUGCUGUUGCAGCGGGACUCCUUGCCAUCCCACGUGUGAAUCACCCGGCUUUAUUAGCCAAGUACCUUUGGUUCGAGGCUGCAGCUCUGCUGUUUGCUGCAGCCCUGACACACGUUGCCCGUAGCUGUGGGCUCCCUGCUGCCGCCUCCUUCCUUUGCAGCUUUCCCUGUCUUGUUUUCUUCAGCUGUGGCAUUUAAAAUCUGUAUGAGCUCGACUGAAACACUGUUUUUUGCACGCAUGUGAGAUAAUGUAAUGCCUCUCUGACAGCUUCAAUAAAAGGAAAUGAGACAUGCGGAAGGCGGGCCAUUAAGAGCAAUAAAAUAAACUCAAAAGUGUGGUUUUUUGUGCAUCUCUUUCAAGCACACCACUGGCUCCACUUCAAUCCUGUUACCUGGGGCCAGUUCCUACAUGACACAUGCUGUUGAUCUCAGUGUUCUUUGUUCUCUCCGUGUAUUCGGAGAGCCCCAGGUUAUCUGCUUGCAUUGCUAGAUAUGACUCAGCCCCUUGUACUAAUUCUUUGCAGCAAAUAGUUUUAUUUUCUCUACAUUUUUACUCCAUUCCUGCAGAGGAGUUACAUAAGGAUGAGGACAAACGGACUCUAAAUGGGAUCUAGGUAAAUUUCCUAUGGGAAAUAAAGAUCCUGAUUUACGUUGCAUUGUCCUACUGGUUUUUGCAGCCUCAAGCCUUCUUUGUGGCUGCUUCAGUGCAGGUGGGAAUGGCAGAAAAACAUUUUCUUGCUGCCGUUCUCCUGCCUCAGACAGGCACAGCCCAGCGGUGGCUGCAGGCCCGGGGGGAGCACUGUGGUGCUGCUGCCCCACAACCCACACCGUGCCCACUCAAAGGACACAGUGGGUCCUCCCAGUGGAGCAGUCCCCUCUCGCCUGGCCCCGGCCCACGCACUCAGGCACCCCCAGGCCCUGCAGGAGGAGCAGCUUCCAGCGUGAGCCACGGAAUGUCAAUCGUUUGGUCCUCUGGGAGCAUCCCGCAGCGCGUUUCCUGUGUUUGCCCAUAUCCUGGGUUACCUAAACAGAGGCCAAGCAAGCAGCAUCCACCCCUUUCCAGCAACAACAACAUUCUUUGAGUCAAAUGGUUCUUUAUGACAGAACUUAAAAGCUCCUUAAUUCACGAACACCAGGUUGGGGUCCCACGCGGAGCCUCCUAGCAGGGGGGGAGUGCAGCAUUUGGCUGACAACAACAAACAGCAGCCAUCACCCAGCACGUGAGGCCGUACCAGCACACAGCCCGUGGCCUCCCACCUGCCUGGGGCCGGCCCCGUGCCCUCAGCUGCAGUAGUGCUGGUGCUGAUUGCCUCCAGGUGCACAGGGUGCAGGUGUCUGUGCUUAGUUAGCAUCCCGCCCUCAUCCAAACUAUGCAGCAGAAGGGAACAUGAGGGGUUUUCCCUGAAGCAUGGGGAGUGGGUGUUCUGCUGAACUUUCUCCCUCUGCACUGGGUGAUGCUUGCCCCAGAGCCCGCCCUGAGGCUGUCUGGGCUCCUGCAGGACUCAGAGCAAUGGUUUUGCUGCUGUUUGUUGUUCCUGUUUCUCCAGGGCUCAGCUCGGUUUCUCAGCUGGGAGAAGCAGGCGUGCUCCUGGUCGUGCUCCUGCAGCUCCAGGUGUACGACUGCAGCGUUCCUGCCCAGAGUGUGCCCUGCUCGAUGAGUGUAAUGGAUGGGUUUAAUCUCCAUCCCUUACAGCUCUUUGGGGCGUGCUGAGAUUUGUAUGUCUUCCUCUCUGAUUUUUACUAAAGAGGGAAAAUUUUGUGCAUCUGGAAAGGAGAAUCAGAGGGGGCAGCUAGCAGCGCAGGGAGGCACACCGCAGCCUCUCAGCUGCACAUAAGGCAUGGCUCAGGUCUGCCAUCUGUGCCUCUGGCUGAAAAACGAAGCUGAACAGGUAAAGCACAGGAGCACUCUGCAAGGGGAAAACCCCUGUGUGCUGGCACUGCUGCUCCUGCAGCGCUGAGCACUGGGCCCUGCAGCAGCACAGGAAGCGCUCUGCGGUCCGGCUUUGGCUCUGCCAUGCCACCUGGGAGGGGCUCUGCAGAGGGCGAGCUGCUCAGCCAGCCAGCAGCAUUCAAGUGAGGGUGGGAUGAGAACUGAUGCAGGCUCGGUAAAUGUAAGUCUGCCCUUCGGGGCAUCCCCAGCUGUAAGGGGUAAGAACAACGGGCAACUGAGCAGCAGAGGUAUCCGCAGCACCCUGUGUGCCAUUAGGGAUAUGCUCAGCAUUGUGCUGAACGAUACUGAUGUGCCUUCCAUACAGCCCUCAGGGGCAGGAUGAAUGCCAUAGUGUCACUCUAAGAAACCAGCCUGGAGCCCCAGUGCCCAGGCUGUGCUCCAUUCCCGCAGACACGCUCCUCCUGCCCUCCCGAGGUCGCUGGGUGGAGGCAGUGCCGUGCAGAACAGCAGCCCUCCUGCGGCACUCACCCGGUUUGGCUGCUGCUCCGGGGCCGAAGCCAAGGGGAGCCUCUGGCCCAAAGGUGACGUGGAGCUGCACCCCACGUUUCCUCCCUCGGCCUCAUCCUGCCCGUAUGUCUGUUAAUGGGCCUGCCCUGCCCGCGUCCUCGGGGACUAAUUGCCUCACACUUGAGCAAAUGCGCUCGGGGGUUUAAAAGGAGUCUAUCGAUCUGUGCGUGUUCCUGAAAGCCUCCCAGGGCCCCGUUUCCUUUGAAGUGUAAAAACAUCCGUCUGUCUCUCUGCUUUUCCAGCGGUCUCCUGUGCUAUUUGCAUCUCCUCCCCAGCUACCGGCGCAUCCCGUGGCCCCACGCGGUGCCCGGUUGUGGCUGCCCAGGGGCUGCAGGAGGAUGGGGACAAAGGUGCAAAGCCCCAUUCAGACCAGAGGCUGAGCUAUUUCUGAAGGCCGGUUUCCAGUCCUCCCCAGACACUGGGAAUGCUGUCCCUGCGCUCAGGGCAGAAGCUGAAUGUGAUUAGAAAGGAGAGAAAGCAACCCCUGGCUCCUUCCCAUCACGGUCCUUAGCUUCUCGUGCAGACAGUGAGGAAAUAAGCAGGGACUGCCUCAUGGAGAGAUGCAGACUAAGGCUCUAUUCCGGGUGAUGACUGCAGAGCCCGCGGAGCGUUUGGCAGCAGGCGGCAGGGAGGGGUUUAAUCUGCCUGUCCUUCUCCAGGCCAGCGUUGGUAACAAACGCCGCUGUGAAGGUCUGCGAGCUGCCAUUGCUGAGCAGCACAAGCGCAGCGCGCCGUGCCACCAGUCAGAGCCGUUUCCAUCCCAUCACCUCCCUCUGCCUCGGUCAGGAGGAGCCUGCUGGCUGUUCUGAUGGAGGUGGGUUACUCAGCCCCAUACAGGCAGGAGUUGCUACUGAGUACUGGCAGUAACGUGAUGCUGUCCCUGGGGUACAUCCUGCAGCGUGGGAUGACUCGGCCAGGGGUUUCCAUCAGUGGCAAUACGCUGCAUGUGUUGGUCGGUGCUGCAUUAACCUGUCCAGUAGAAUCCCAGACCCGAGCCAAUCUAAGCCUUGCAGUGGCAGGCUCCCUCCAAGCCAAGGUGUCCCACGUACAGAUUGGGCUUCUAUUUCUAGCAGGGAAAUCCUUUGUUAAUUUUAGAGCCUGUUCUCCGGAGUGCUGAGCAGCCCCAGCUCCUGAAGGCAGUCGGGGCGGCGGGAGGUAUUGGGUCUUUGAAGGCUGCGGCUUUUUCUUACAUGAAGAAGCCCCACGGAGAUGAAUUGCAUCGCCUUGGUGCCAGGUGCUGCGCUAGGCGGGGUGCCCAGCGUGCAGCAGCCGUCACUGCCAACUGAGAGCCAGCUUCCACCGCUCGGCAGCUGCGUCACCUGGGAGGAGAAAAGCUGUUCCUCUUCAAGGUCGGUUGGUUAAUGGUAACACCGGGCACGAGAUGAGUGCAAGAAAGAGGCAAUCCAACAUUGCAGAAAUAGAUUCAGUAAAUGAAAGCCCCAGGGAGAGCUCCCUGAACUACUUCCUUAUGCAGAUCAAACUAGGGAAGUAACAAAUAUAAUAAUAAAAACCCCUAGGUUUGGGGUCCAGGCGCACGUAGGGGCCAUAAGGUUUGUAAAUUACUGGAGGUGCUUCACGGGGAUGGGAAAACGGGCAAGUUUGUUUUGGGUGUGUAUUGAAUAACAAGUUACAGAUAGUGACGGUGCGCUCCAGGACCUGGCAGGGAUGGUCGCUUCUUGUCAGGAGCAUCCUGGGGCUGUCGUGGCGGGGCUUGGCUGCUGAGCGGCUGUGGGCAGAAAGGAUGACAGGAGCUGAGCGCAGAGGGUUCCCACCCAGCUCCUGUCGUUCAUGUAUGUCAGUCCCUUCUGUCAGUUCAACGCAGCACCCCUUCCUCUGAGCCGCUCCUCCUGCCUCAGCUGCAUCUCUGAGGCUGGGGCAGCCAGGAAUAGGCAAAGCCACGCACCUGGCUGACACUGCUCUGCCCCCGUGUGUGAGUGGAGCUCUUCCUGCCCCGGCCCCCCCGGGGUUCAUUAGUUGGUCAGGCUGGGAAACAGCGUGCCCCACGGGAGCGCUGCCGCUCACUUGGGAGUCACGCUUUGUCUUGUGCUUUAGUUUUUAAAUUCCUGACCAAAUGCACAUUUACAAUGAAGGGUUAUUCAGCGCUGACUUUCAGUUGCCCUUGCUGGACCGGCCAGGACGUACAAAGCAGGAGCUGGGUCCCUGCGGACACCCCAGAUUUAGCUCUGAUCCCAAUUGUCUGGUGCGCCAGCGGCGGCUGAGACUAACGGCGUGUGCAGGGAGGGUUCCAGUUACCAGCGCCUGGAAUGAAGCGAGCAGGUGCUGGGGAGGUUAUCUGAGGAGAGCGCUGCGCUCACCCCUGUCACCUCUCGCUCACCCCUGCCCGCUUCCAGCAGCACGGGUGGCAGCCCUGCAGGUGAGGCUGUGUGCAGCGUGGCGACCGUGGCCCUGGGCAGCGGCAGCAGCUGGGCUUGUAGUGCCUGCAGGUCGUGCCCCAGAGAGCAGGAAUGGGUCAGCGGUGGGCGCUGGGGUCCCCUGCUCUCCCAGGGAGGGCGGUCCCGCAGGAGCAGUGCUUUCCAGGUGGGCACGUAACAGCGCGCCGUCACGAGCUGUCAGAGUUGAUGCGACUUCUGCUGGUAGGCAGAGUCCCCGGGCUCGGAUGGCAGAGCAGGCGGCUCGCUGCGGGACAGCUGUGACGGUUUCUUUCCCUGCCUGUCCCCCUCGGGUUGGUAGCCCUGCUGCGGGACGGCUCAGCUGUUUGCACAGUGACUGCCACAGUUUGCGGCUCAGGGUAUUAAGGUAACCUGAAAUUGGAACUGCUUUACCUUAACGCACGGCAGCGUGAGUUGUGGUUCAGCAGCUGCUGCGAGAGCAGCUGACACCCUCUCUAAAAAAAGGGCAGAGGACACAGAGCGGGACAGAACCCUCUGCAGCUGCUCCAAGGUGAGUCAUCGCCGCCGGGCAGUGCGGACCUGAAAGGCUUUCCUAUGAGCACAAAUUGCACUGGUUAUUGUAAAUAAUAUUAAAAAAGGAAAAUUGUUCACAUGCUGACAGUUUUAUCCUAGUGUCUGUAGUGUACUUGCUCAAGCAGGUUUACAUCUGGUUGACUCAAGGAGUGUCUUACUGCUGCAUCGGUUUAGAAAGGAAACCUUGAAAUAAAUGAGGGUGACAAACAGGUCAGCCCAGCUCAUUCCAGAGAGCUUGUGCUGGAACUUAAGGCUUACGCUGCUUUCUGUUUGGACUGACCUGACUCAACUAGCUUGAAUUUAAGUUGGCGAAAGCCAGCGUGCAGCUAAGCCACAAGCAAACCCAGCUCGAGCUGCUGUCAUGGGCAGCUGUGUCAGAGAACACAAACUCGAGACUGCGCUGUAAUGAGAACAAGGGCUCCAGGGACACAAGGCAAGCGUUUAACACUUCUCCUUUGCAGCAUCUACCAGCCUGGUACUCCUUGCAAGUUUCUUUUUAUUUUCCCCUCCGUAAGCUCAUUUUAAGUUUCAAAGCCAUUGUUAACGAUUUAACUGAA